CCCGCCUCAAGCCGCAGCGGGAAGUCUCGCGAUGGAGGGAGGAGGCGGUGCACCCCCAGAAAUCCUCGAAGAAAGUCACUCAGGAUGUGUUCUACCUACAAGUCUCAGAGCCAACAGUUUGAAGAAAAGCAGUUGGGGGUUCCUAUUUACUGGGAUUAUUGGCGGGACGCUGGUGGCCGUGUAUGCCGUGGCCACACCAUUUCUAACGCCGGCCCUUCGAAAAAUUUGUCUGCCUUUUGUACCUGCAACUACAAAGCAGAUUGAAAAUGUUGUGAAAAUGUUGCAUUGCAGAAGAGGAUCCCUGGUCGAUAUUGGCAGUGGUGACGGGCGUAUUGUGAUAGCAGCUGCAAAAGCAGGAUUCACAGCCGUUGGUUAUGAAUUAAACCCCUGGCUAGUUUGGUACUCCAGAUACCGUGCUUGGCGAGAGGGAGUGCACGGCUCUGCCAAAUUUUAUAUUUCAGAUUUGUGGAAGGUAACUUUUUCGCAGUACUCAAACGUCAUUAUUUUCGGCGUGCCUCAGAUGAUGCUGCAGUUGGAGGAGAAACUCACGCUCGAACUGAAGGAUGACGCCAGAGUCAUUGCCUGUCGGUUCCCUUUCCCUCGCUGGACCCCAGACCACGUCACUGGGGAGGGGGUGGACACUGUGUGGACCUACGACGUGAGCACUGUGAGAGGCAAGGGGCCCCGAAGACCCGUGUGCUUCCAGCCGAGCAUUCAAAUGUAGACUUUAUUGAGCGCGGUUUCCCAGGUGUUGGUGGGCUUUGAUUUUACAGAGACUUCAGCUGUGUCUUCAGCAAAGAGUGUAUUUUUCUUCGGUAUGGAAUGAAAAAGUACUAUUACUUUCCUUAACUUCUGGGAAACAAACGGAAGUCAAGAACAGCAGGUAGAUUUAAAGUCCCUUUUCAUGCUGUAUUCAAAAAAGUGGUCUUACUGUCCUUCCAUGCGCUCAGAGGUAUGAAAAUAUGAAUGAGUGAUAGUCGUUUUGAUGUGCAGGAACAUGUGAACAGCUCCUGACAUUAUAAAAAAUAUGAUUUAAUGCCAGAGAUGGAAAAAAACACACUUUUUAAAGAGGGUAUGUCUUAACAGAUACUUGUAGUUUGCUCUAACUUCAUUCAUACUUAAGAUUUAUGGAUUUUUGUCUUUCUUUUCUGUACUUGAUGGUAAAACUAAUUUUCUGAAGGAUGUGGGCCCUCAUAUUUUAUAACAUUUGUUAGGAAUCAUUUGUUCCAAGGCUAGUGGAUUACUGUAUUUUAUUGAAUCUGAGAUAUGUAUGUGUGUGUAAAUGUGUGUGCAUAGACGCACGUUUGAACAUUUCUGAAAUGGUGAUGAACCUUCCAGUCAGUGGUGUUUUGUGUCUGUGAUCAGUGGUGUUUUGUGUUGUACGUCAUGAUAUCGUUGCACAUCAGCCAGCAUUGAUGGGAUCUCAGGUUUGAGGAAAUGUGCUCAGGGAAGCUGCACGAUAGAGGAGUAGUUGGUAGUAACAAUAGUAAAAUAAGCCGUCCUGCGCUUGGGAUUCAGCCAGCCCUGACGGCAGAUCCCUGCCUGGCCCCAGCAGGAGGCCCGGGACCAGGGGCUUGCCCCCCGUGGAGCCUUGCUUUCCCAGCUACCCCGAGGACCCGUUGGGAUAAUGAUACACUGAACAGGGGACUUUUUUGGGUAAACUCACGACACAGAGUCUUCGGUCUGUGAGUGUAUUUAUUAUUUUAGAUACUAAAGAAAGUUACGGAUUAUUUCUGCUAGUCGCUUCUUGACUUUAUGAAAGCUGCCAUUUAUGUAAUAUUUCUCAUUUACGAGAGGAGACUUGACUGAUUUAGAUAAAGACAAGGAAAACCUUUGAAUGUGAGUAGACAAGCUUCAUGUAUCUGAAAAUUAGUAUUAAAUGGUGCCUCGAAUAAUCCCUAUGCAUCAUAGGAAAGAAGCGAGCUCCCAAACAUACACACCUGUAACCUAAAUACCAAACCGUCCUCACAGAGGUUUAAUAAGAUGAGAUGGUUUGCAUUUUUAACUGAAAUCCUAAAACUAUGAUCAGCUUAAUUGUCAUUUAAAUGAGCAGCAACUUGGAGACUCAUUCAUUCCUUCAGCAGAUAUUUACCGAGUAUCUACUGUGUAAUAAGCUUUUCCGACUCAAUGGUGAAUAGACCUGCAAGGCCUCUAAUCUUAUGGCAUGUAUAUUCUAGAAGAACGAGACAGACAAAUACGAGAGUGAAUGUUAGUGUGUGUGAUGUUCUCUGAAAGAAGUCAACAAUGUGACAGUCUUGGGCAUUUGUCAGGUGUUUGGCUGCUACUGUCCAUCCCUUCCCAGUGGCCCCCGGUUUCUUAGGAAUGAAUUCUCUCCGAUGUGUGUAGUUUGCUGCCUGCCCCUCCAUCACUCCCGCCAGCCCUGUAACUCGGACAGGGACCCAUCAUACCUUCCUGCCGGGCAGGUGUGAUGGUAGGGGCAGGGUUUUGUGUUCAGUAAGGAUGCAUUCAGUAAGUUUCUAGACGCUCCUGGCGGACUUCCGGAGGCAUCAGGCUAUCUGGAAAGGCAUAUGUAACUUGCUGUUGUUGGGUUUCUCCUUCAGCUUCCCAAGAAUUAGAUGAUGCCUGGUCCUGCAACCUCAGAAUAAAAUAGACCAUUUCACAGAGGUGUUGAGAUUCAUGGAGUCUGUCAGAUCUUUAAUUGGUUUUUUCAGUUGUGCUUUCAAGUAUCCCGUAAGUGACCUGUGAGAAUAUUCUCCUAGAGGUUAUCGUGGCUUCUCUGACUGGCUGGUUUCAAUGAUCAGUUACUGGAUUGAGGAUAUUGAUUAAGUUUGUACACGACACAAGGCAAGGAGUGAGAGCUACUACUUUUGAUGUCAAAAGUAGGAUUCAAAAGUGUCUGCCGGAUUGAAAUCAGGGAUAAGUGCUAACUUGAUAAAAUUUAAAGUUCAAACAAACAAACAAAUAAGAAUAGAAAUAGAGCUUAGUGGUGACAUAGCCGAACAGGAGCUGUUGUGACCAGACCUGGAGGUUCCGUCGACAUUCGGCUCAAUGACCAGUACAUUCCCAUCUGCAUGCAUCUCUCUCUAAGAGGUUGGCCCCAGGGUUGCAACCCCUGCCCUCCCCCGGUGUCCCAGGGGGGCGUCGUCGGACCCUCUGCCGAUCCUGGCAUUUAGACUCCCUGAAAUGCUUAGCUCCACCAAGAGGCUGUGAAACCAAGUUUAAAAGAUUUAAGAAUGGAGACUCUUUCAGACACACCGUGUUCACCAUUGCUGAGAGAUGGGGUACACGGUGACAAGCCACAGCCAAACAGAACAGAAAAAAAUGCAGGAUUCCUGACGUUUCCACCUCGCGGCUGGAUACUAGGCCUCUGAAGUUUGCAGGGCCAUCUGCUGGGAGCUUUGGGAAAGGUUUUGUUGUGAACAGAAGGAGGUGCUUGAGGAGGGAGCAUCCUUCCUGUCUUUGGAUGACAGGCUAUAUAAAGCACCACCAGGGGCAAAGUGAAGAUGUGGAGCAGAAAGAUGGACAGAGUCCAGGUGUUUGACAAGACCACGGAGUUGCUGAACUGACCCAGAGCCUCCAACUUCAGGACAUCUUACAUGAGGUGACAAACCCACCUUGUUGCUCUCCCACGGGUGUGGGAUGUGCCCUGUGGUGGCCUGGCUGAGGCAGGAGGGUGUGAGGCUCAAAUGGGGGGAGGGAGCCUGGCAGUAUGGAAUGCAGGCGCCCCUGAGCCCGUGCCCCCUGUCUGGAAGGCGCUGCAGGACAAGGCACUCGCUGGCAAGGUCAGAAGCACGUCUGGAGUAUUCAAGAGGGACGGAGAGCUCCCACGGGCGGGGGCCCCACUCCCUCCCAGAGUGGCGUUUGGGCAGUUGUACCAACAAGUCAAGAGGGCUCUGAAUGUGGACCCAGCCUUCACCAGCGGCAGGAGUCCUCCCAGGUGGGCGUCCUGUUCUUGGGGACAUGGGCAGAGCCAAGUAACAGCGGAGCCUCAGCCACAUCCCUGCACCCAGGGAGUUUUGUCGGGGGAAAGAUGAUUCUUCCCAGGAUUAGAAAGGAAUUCAUAAAAGGAAGGGAAGAAAACACUCAGACUGCUCUCUUGGCAGAUGGGGCUGCCAAGGGGAGAAGCCAUGACGUGGACUGCGCGUUUGUGUCCUUAGGUUGAAAUCCUGACCCUCUGUGUGCUCAUACGAGGAGGCUGGGCCUUGGAGAGGUGCUUAGGUCCUGAGGCUGGAACCCUCCUGCAGGGGAUUAGUGCCCUUACAAGGCGACCUCCGAGAGCCCCGUCCUCCACAUGUGAGUGGGAGGACAGCCAGCUGUGGCCCAGGAGGGGGCUUCUCACCGGACACCCAGUGUGUUGUAGCUGGGAUCUGAGGCUUCUUAGCUCCAUAGCUGAGAGGAACAGAUGCUUGUCGUGUGGGCCCCUGGGCUGUGGUGUUCGGUGACCGCAGUCCGAGCUGGUAACCUAAUCGGUCCGCACCCAGCGCUAUCCAGACUUGUCCCUGCUGUAGUCAUCAUUUCCCGGGCCCGCAUGAGGCACGGAAGUUGCAGGGAGCCAAGCUUCCAGAGGAUUCUCCCCAGUGCCAGCUGGGGAGAGCGGGAAACCAUCUCCCUGACGUAAAAGUCAGGGCUGGGUGGCUGGGUGGGCUCCCGAAGUUCCCCUGGACCCCCCGUCUGCUUGACCGUCGGGGCCUGUGGUUGGCACCGUCACAGGGGAGGCUUCUUUGGGGGGGAUCUCUUCUGUGCCUCCCGGCUCACACGGAGGAUGCUUUCAGCACAGUGUGUCUCUAAACCAACACGGGUGGUACAAAAACAGAGCUAGAGGGACAGGAGCUGCUGCAUUGACAAGCAGACGUGAAUUCUAGAUGGUAAAGGGUCUCGAGAGCCUGUCCUACGAGGCACAGUUGUUUCCCCAGGAUGAGAGGAGACGUAGAGGAAACAGGACAGGCGUUUCCCAACGUUUGAAGGCUUGCCAAGCAGAAGAAGAGAGGGAAAGUGAUAAUGAGCAUGAUGACUGUGACCCAGGAGUUUCCAUGCACAGAAAAACCCCGUUCUCAUCUUCAGGGAGGAGGCACUGUCUACUGACUGUUUUCAUUCUUAACCACAGGGAGAUGGGGUCGACUCGCUCGGUCCCGACCAGACCCAGGAGCACGGAGUCUUACUACGCUCGGUUGCUUACCUGCAAUUAGACCUGUUCUAACCGGCUCAGAGGCGUAAACUUGGCUCUUGGUGUUGGUGCCAAAGCUCAGUCUGAAGUAGGGUUUUAAUAAAGCCGUUUGAAGUUAGAAUGCGUUGCCUCUGGACUUAGGGACUUUGUUGUCACUGGAGAUGCCACUGCAGAGGGCCGGACAGCCACAUGGUGGAGAUGUUGUGCAGGGAUCCAUCCACGAGCAGGUGUGGCGUCUUAACAUGACCUGGAAUGAGCACGAGUUUUGCAGCCUUAGCGGGACCGCCAGAACCCUGAGAGCAGAACCCAGUGGGUCUGGGAGGCAUCAAAGCAGCUGUUAGCAGUGAGGGCAUUUCAUACAACUCCAGCGGUGCCUGGCCUCCCCCAACAGGAGGCCACGGGCAGCUUUUCACUCUGCUGUACAACCCAGGCAUAGCUGACAUCUUGAAAUCUCAGGGAAGCUGAUGGAUGACAGUAGGCUUUAUCAGAGCUCCAGCCGAGAAGUGGUAACGCUCCGAGGAGAGGGUUGGAGUCUGUUAAACCCCCCGAGGGCUUGGCUGCAGUUGUGUUGCCCAAGUUCUGAUGAGAACCAGGAGACUGUUCUUGAAUCCGCUGGGAGAAACACAUCAUGAAUGGUGCCUCAUCCCCUUCUAAGUGACACCGUCCCACCCAUCACCUUUCAAGGGAGCAGCUUUAUAAAGACGCAGGCUCUCUGACCCUUCUCCAGUUGAUGGGGCCAGAGUCUGGCAUCAGAGCCAAAGGCCGAAGAGAUGAGAUGAGUCCUGCAGAUUCCAUACAUUGGGGAACCAAAAGAUCGGGGACAUCCAAGUGGAAGUUAAGGUCUUGAAGUUGAGGACAGAGGAGUUUGGAGACCUGGGAGAGGCGAGAGAGUAACAGGUUUCUCUCUGGGUGAAGGGCUCAGUCCCAGGGAGCAGACCACAGUCCUGCGGAGUAGGACUCUGCCAUGGGCCUGCCCCCGCCCACCCCAGAGGGCCCAAGAACCGGCAGGAGCAGAGCCAGACUGUGGCCGGCGGAGCCCUCGCGGUCCCUAACAUCGCAGCCCGCCUCAGAGGUUUCAGCUGAGUGUCGUGUUCCCUGAACAACUCCAUUUAUGAAAUAGGUUAUUUUAUGACGAGUGUAAAUCGCACUUGUCAUGAAGGGUAUUAAACACAAGGAGCUUAUUAUCCCCAAAAAUGGGGCAGGCCAUAUAUUUAAAUAGAAAAAUGGAUAUUUAUAUAAAUAAGGAAAUCUGCCAUCUGAAUAACACAAUAAAGUUUCUGCACUCAAAUAGAAAACUUUAGUCAUCCGGGAUCCUCUCAGGCAGAGUGAAGUGUUCCCGUAAUAGUGACACAUUAUGCUUAUAUUGGAAUUGGCACACUUGUGACCCAAUGGACUGACACGAAUUGAACAUGAACAAAAAAAUCAUAAAACUUUUAUAGGUGAGGGAAAUAGGAUCUUAUUUUUUCUAAUUUAAUAUUAUGGUGAGAAUAUUACCUGAGAAGGACCGAUAAAACAACAGCUCAUCAAUCACAAAGUUUAAUGCAAGGAUGGAAAGGAGGAAUCAAGUAAAUUUUCUUCUCUGGAACACUGUGGGGUGAAAAAUGGGGCAACGGAAUUACCCUUUAUGAGAAUGAAUCCAAACGUCAGGAAAAUCCACAAAACCCUGCGUGUGUCCCAAACUUGGUGGAUACGCUCGAGGGGUGAGGUCUUGCGGGGUUUGCUGUGAAGAUAGCUGGGCAGUGUUGUUCGUGGGGAACGUGAUGGUGACAAGGCAUUAGGCACGUGCUGGUGCACAUGGCGAGCAGUCAGCAUUUGGGAGGCAGCUGGAGUUCUCUUCUAGUGAUCGUCCCUUCUUGCCCGCUGACAUUGACCUGUCCCGGGUACCCGGGACACGUGGAAGAAAAGGCCAGGGGAUGAAGGGAUAAAGAAGGGACGAUACAUAUUCCCAUUUUCAAGGGCAUUUGCGUUUUGUUAAGGAGAGCUAUGGUAUGAAUUUGAACUUUCAGUGAGAGUAGAAGAUGGAUUUGUAAUGGAGAAAUGUCAGAUUCCCUGUUUCCACCUGCCCUGGCCCCAGUCCAAACUACCCAACUGGCAUAUCCGAGACAGCUCAGAAAGGCAGACUGAGGUCUCCACAAGUUUCUCUUGACCUGAACAUGUUAAUUAGGAGUAGAAAUUCAUAGUCCAGACACUACGGUAACGAGGAAUAGCUCUCAAGUGUUGACUGUCCUAGGUCUUUUAGAUACAUUAUUUUAGAUUCUCCUACUAACCGCAGGGUAGGUAUGGUAUUUCUCAGUGGGGGAACCUGAGGCAUUUCGAGAGUAAUUGCUUUGCUAAGGCCCGUGUACUUGUUAGCAAAGAGUGGAGCUGGUAUUCGAACCCAGGCCUGUCUGACACACCUAACACCUGUGUGAGCCCCCUCGCACCACCCCCCCGUCACUGCCUAGCCAGAGCAUGGGGAAGGGUCUGCUACUCCAAAAUCCAUACCGUCUACCCAGUAGCUUAGAUGUUAGCAACAUUGGAAUAACUCUGAGGCUUGGGUCCCUGUCUCUUUGAAUCAAAAUAAAUCUUUUUUUGGGAGGCAUAGCGUGGUCCUUGAGUUAGAAGCAUAAGCCUGAGAAAAGGAUAAAGCAGCCAGUUUUUCAGAACUGUCCCCCACUCAGAAACAGGUAGAGGAAGUAAUGUCUCCUAAGCAGAACUUUAUCACCUGCUUUGUAGGCCCACCUCCCGAAGGUGGGUUAUUGCAAACAUGUUGUGGCCUGUCUGUGUUGGACAAUAAGCAGCUUGUGCAAGUACCCACAUCUCCAUCAUCCUCUGGGGCUGCCCUAACAAAGCAACUCUGUAUGCCUCAUAGUUUUGGAGACUGGAAGUUCAAGGUGUUGGCAGGAUUGGUUUCUUUUUUAUUUUUUUUUUAAAGAUUCCAUUUAUUUAUUUGACAGCGAGAGAGAGAACACAAGCAGGGGGAGCAGCAGAGGGAGAGGGAGAAGCAGGCUCCUUGCUGAGCAGGGAGCCCGGUGUGGGGCUCGAUCCCAGGACCCCGGGAUCAUGACCUGAGCCGAAGGCAGACGCUUAACCGACGGAGCCACCCAGGUGCCCCAUCAGGAUUGGUUUCUCCCUAGCUUGCAGGUGGCCGCCCUCUCUGCUCGCUGUGUCCUCACCAGCUUCCCUGAUGGCUCUUCCCCUUACAAGGACACCAGCCCUGUUGGAUUAGGACCCACCCCAACAGCCUCAUUUUAGCUUCAUCCCCUCUUUAAAGGCCCUAUUUCCAAAUGCAGUCCCAUUCUGAACACUGAGUAGAACUUUAAUACAUGAGUUUUGGGCGGGGUGUGGGGAACACAGAUCAGUCCAUAAGAACAUCUUAACAAGGUGACGACAGCCUCGUUUUUGUAAGCACAUAAUUGGACACAGCCUAAGCGUGUGUGAGCUGAGACUGGUUGAGUGCACGUGGGUGUAUCUGUACGGAGCAGCCUGAGGAAAGGCUGUGGCAGAGUGACAUGUCCGGACGCCUGUGUGGUUUCCAGCCGAGGUUGGAAUUCUGCAGGAAUGCGCGUUGAACCCAGCCGGUCUUAUGGAAAAAGCCGGGGUAAUGGGAGACCACUCAGGAUGGUUGCAACCUUGAGAUCCGGGCAUUAACAGCAACAGUCUUUGGUAUCUGGGGAGAGAACUUGGCAGGCAGCUCAGUGUGCUGGAGGCUGCCUGUGGGGAUAAUAAUUUAAAAAAAAACAGCGUGGGAAUGCUGGUUUGCGGAAACAACACAGUGUGGAUGAGCCCCGGAGGGCUUGUCCCCUGCCGCAAGCCCAGGACUGCAAGGCUGGGGUGCCCCUCUCCGGGGAGGGGCGAGCACUCGUACAUUUUCUAAAAAUCCAGCUGACAGGCUUCCGUGUUGAGGGUCACUUCUCUUCCUGCGGAAGUUUCCAGUUCUCAUAAUUCAAAGCUAAGCUCCCCUUGCGGAAAGAACCUCGUAGAAACCAGCAGAGCUUUCAGGUGGUCCUGACUUCAUUCCCGAUGCAGCCGUGGAAUGGGAGUUACUUGGUGUUAAUGGUACCAGGUGCUGUAGCAGAGCAGCGUGCUGUCAGGUGUAAACGAGGGGCAGGAGACUGAGAUUUGCCACCAUUUGUGUAAAAAGGGCAUUCACAUGCUUACACACGCGUGCUCCCCCCUUCCCCGACUCCCACACAUCCCCUGCCGGAAAUCAUCUGUGAGUGUACGAGAAACUGGUAAUAGCUUUUGCCUCUGGGGAGGGUGGGUGGGGCUUGGGAUGUGAGGUGAGGGCAAGACCCCUUUGAUUAUAGAUUUAAAAAUUUUUUUUUUUUUUUUUUUUUUUUACCAUAUAUAACUUUUAAAUGAAACGAUAAUUCUUUAAAGUUCACAUGUACGGGUAGAAGAUUAGCUUUGGUUCACAUAUGAGAUGCCACUUUAGAAAGCACAUACAGGAGAGGACUGGUCAGUGAUGACAUGGGACUGAAAUAUGCUGAGCUGGUGUGACCAUGCUGAGCCGGUGUGACCAUGCUGAGGGGGUGUGAUCAUGCUGCUUUGUGGGUGUGACCAUGCUGAGCGGGUGUGAUUGUGCUGAGCUGGUGUGACCAUGCUGAGCCGGUGUGACCAUGCUGAGGGGGUGUGAUCAUGCUGCUUUGUGGGUGUGAUUGUGCUGAGCUGGUGUGAUCAUGCUGAGCGGUUGUGACCAUGCUGAGCCGGUGUGACCGUGCUGAGGGGGUGUGAUCAGGCUGAGCGGGUGUGAUUGUGCUGAGCUGGUGUGACCAUGCACAGUGGUGAGUCAGACUCUGGGACACCUGAGUGCUAUCAUGUUUCAGGGCAAACCCACUGGUAUUCAGGGCUAAGCUUUUGUGAAGGUGGGGAACUGAAUUCCAGUGACUUGUGUUCCUGGUUAAAUAUUGUGUGUGUGUGUGUGUGUGUGUGUUUUUCCCCAAGUCUUUUCCCCUUUGUUCCCUGAUACCCAUCUUUAUCAUAAAGUUGGAAGAGAGAAGCACAUGAUUUGUGAGGUUUAGGUCAGCAGCUUGAAGGACCCCAGGGUUAGAAGGGACUGCAGCAUAGGGGGUGGUCGAGGCAAGGCUGUGGGCUCGCAUGGAGGGUGUGUGAGCAGCUCUGGGGGAGAGCCUCUUCCCCGGGACACCUUCCCCUCUGAUCUUCUCUGGCUUCUGUUGGCCAUGUCCACCUCGUGCCCCUGGUCUUCUCUCUCACGCUCUUUUUUGCCUUCUCUGGGAGUUUGGAGGUAACUUUUAGAACUGGUUGUGCCCAACACCAAAUUGUGAUAGCAAGUUAAAAGCCAAGAUAUGCUCUUUGCUUUUUGUAUUGUGUAAAAAAGGACGUACUGGGUAGACUAGCAGGUGACAUACACAAACAGCGCUGAAUGGAACCUUCAGGUUAUUGAUUCUAAAUAACCAUCAACUGCUGCCUGAAACAUUUCGUUUUUGGUAUGGCCCCCCUGCCUGAGGCCUUUUGGGGACUGGCUGUU